AUGGCAGGCGCCAGUGCUAAAGGGAAGGGAAAGGUAAUUCUGCAGCAGUUGCGUAAGGGGAAGUCCUUCAAUUUCCACACCUAUAAGUUUCAUGCACUCGGAGAUUACAUGACUACCAUCCGUCGCUUUGGAACAACAGAUUCUUAUAGUACUGAACCAGGAGAAUUAGAGCAUCGUACGCCGAAAGGCAGAUACCGUCAUACUGAUCAAAGGGCCUUCGUUCGCCAGCUCACUCAGAUCGAGCGCCGUCAAGCGCGUUUAUGUCGCAUCAAGCAAUGGCAACAACAGCACGCCCCUCGUGCAGAGGUGGACGCAAGAGCAAGUGACCCUCAACUACACCAUCAUAUUGGCCAAAGCGAAAAGAGCUACGAUGAUUUUGGUCACUACCUCCGCAGUCACUCAACAGAUCCUGCUAUGAAGGAUUUCCUGCCUCAAUUGAAAGAUUAUAUUCUGGAUUGCCUUGAGCCGGAAAAGACAUCACCUCAUCUCGACCGAGAAUGCGACUCCAUUCUCUUCAAGCAUAACCAAAUAUAUCACCACAACAUCGCAAAAUUCAACUAUACCACGUAUGACAUCCGAAGGGAUCAAGAUGUUAUAAAUCCGAGAAUGCCUCAUUGCAACAUCAUGCUACUUAAGCAUCAUGAUGAUCACAGUGAUAAUGACCACGGGGGCAACUACCGUUACGCCAAAGUCAUUGGAAUACAUCAUGUUAACGUUGUUCGCAUGGGAAAUGUGUACGAGUCCAGGCGAUUUGAAUUUCUUUUUGUUCAAUGGUACGAACCUGUACAAAACCACGCAUGGGAGACACGUACUUUGAGCCGCGUUCAUUUCAUGCCCCUAACGAAUCCUAAUGCAUUCGGCUUCGUCGACCCAGCAGUGGUUCUCAGAGCGUGUCACAUAAUACCAGCUUUUUCCAAAGGUCAGCGCAAUCCAAAUGAACACGGGAUUUCCCCUCUUGCAGGAGAUAAACAUGAUUGGUGUGAAUACUACGUCAAUAGCUUCGUCGAUAGAGACACCCUAAUGCGUUUUCAUUACGGCCUUGGGGUAGGAGACGUGUACGCUCAUGAGGCGAGAAUCGUAGAAUGCCCGUACUUAGUGCCAGGGGCAUCUCCAAGUCAAUCUGCCCCACAAACAACGAUGCAGGAAAACAACAACCAUUCGGGAAGGGAAGAAAGCCUACAGGAAACCACCGACUGGCAAGAUCCUACUAAUGGCGAGGACAAAGAGGACGAUCACCUGGGCAUUGAGGAGGCGAUCUUUUUUGAGCAGGAACGAAAUGGAAGCACCGAUUCAUUGAUCGAGGCGCUAGAAGAAAUGUAUUCUGAUCAUGUGUUCGAUUACGAAAAUUAG